ACCUGAAUAGUUAGUCUCUUUAUGUCUGAGAAUGUCCGGAGGGGGCGCACGGGCAGAGGGCGCCGCUCACGCGCGGGCUUUGUCUCCGGCGCCGCCCGCGCGGGGGACAGCCAGAGCGCGCGGCAUCGCCCCGCACACGGGACGCGGGGCCGAGGCGGGGAGGUGGUGGGGGCGGGGGGGCGGUCGUGUUGCGUCGGGCUCGGGGUCCGGCUCGGGGCGGGCAGGAGGUGGCGGCUCGCGCCCGGUGUCCGGCGCUGCCCCCGGGGUCUCAGGGCCGCGUCACCGGCCCCGCCCCGGCCCGCGCCUCCCCUCCCCGUCCCGGGAAAGACAACGCCAGGCGGGGGGUGGGCGGAGGCGCAGGGGCCGCGCCGGGGACACCCCGAAGAGUGAAGUAACGCGCGACGCCAAGUCCUCAGCUCGCUCGCGGCUGGGCGGGACCCCGGGGCUGAGCUCCCGGGGCGGGCCGGGGUCCGGCGGGAGGCAGAGCGCGGGACCCCCGGGACCCCCGCCUCCUUUGCUCCAGGUUGGUCGCGCCCACUCCGCGGCGGGGUCUCGUCUGGCGCCCGGGAGGGGCCGGGAAAUCCCGCCCGCCGCCGCCGACGUCACUGGUGCGUCACCGGGGCUCCCGCACGGGGCUCCGCUGGCUUCCCGCACCCCCGGCCCCCCUCCGUCACCCGCCGGCUCCGCGCCCCGCGCCGGGCCGCGCACUUGGUUGGUCUGGAGCGCGCGUCUCCAGGGCGCUGCGGGGAAGGGCGAGGGGGGAGGGUCCUGCGGCCACUGGGACUUGAGUCUCCCGCAUCCUGGUCCUUCUGGGGACCAGAACGUUCUAGUUGCAGGGGCGAGGCAGGCCGGGCGCGACCAAUUUCCAACCACCUACCUAUUCCAUCUUCUGAGAAUAUAUAAGAUUUCCUCGCCCCAAAGCGGGCAGUGA